GUGGAUUUAAAAGACUCUUUUUUUUUGCCAUAAAAAUUUGCCAUAUUGGAUAAGACUCAUCAUACGCCGCAGGAACGGAACAAAGAGCAGGACUAGAAGAGCGGCAGACUUUGGCACUUGUGGACGAGUGAUGGACAGCUGGACUCUUCAAGGGGACAGCUACUCCUUCCUACGCAGUGCCCCCCGCACCCCGUAUUCCUUGUGUCAUCGGGACGGCACCCCGAACCACGUUGAAAUAUUUGACAUCAUCACUUCUCCUAUCCGACGUGGGUCCAUCUCUGAGACCACUUGUCUGUGUGACAUAUUCGGGGAUGAUUCUGAGUCGCCUUCACUGUCCAGCAACGCUGCCGUCGAGGCAUUUGUCCAUUUGGCAUCAACAGCCGCAUCACUGACGGUGGAUGAUCUGAACGAUUCUUCAGGUUCGUACCACACGGCGCCGUGCUCCAGUGAAGGAGAAGAAGGGCUUGACGACCAAACGGAGAGGAUUCAUAGCCCUCCACCGCAGAGUGAGACCAACAUAGCGAGCUCUGAACUUUCUAAAGAUAGUAACUCCACUUUUGAGUCGAAAAGUAAAUCACCCGUGCCUGAGAUUAGCGCUGAAGUUGACAGCACUGUUUUUAAGGAGAGGACACCCUCGCCUGGACAAAAGAGUCCCUGUUUGAAUUCUGUUUGUGUUGAGCCGAGAUGUUCACUCUCAGAGCUUCAUCCAGAAGAAAGUAGAAAUCAAUCGUUAAGUCAGAGUACUUCCCCUGCAUCUAUGAACUGCAAUAUCGCAUCUUCUUCUGAAUCGGUGAACCUCCAGUCCGAGGAUUUCGAAGCAGAACCUACUGAUGUUUCUUCUCAAGCUGGAUUCGACCUUCCGUGUUAUUCUCCUUCAUCUGUUCAUAGCAAGUCUGGACAUUCUGUUCUAAUUCCAGGAUUGAAUAAUAGGCGUUCCUCACCCGAUUCUCCAUCAUCGUCCCCGUUCCCUGAGCUGAAAGGAAGAGUGUCCCUACCUGAUCUUAUGAGCAGGGGUUCUACACCUGAUAUACAAGUCCAAAACCCGAUCCAAACCUCGGAGUCAAAUGAAGAUCUCACCAAAGAAAACCUGAACGGAGGUUUGGAAGCGGAUAUCGUCAGUGCUGCGUCAACACCUGCCCCCCGAUACACGCCCCCCUCCCCUGUUAUUGCAUUAAUCCAAUCCAAUGAGAAGAGUGUUUUUCCUGAAUUAAAGCAAACCUCUCCAUCACCUGACCUCCUGGGUGUUCCAUCAAGAAAUUCCUCACCUGGAAUCUUCAGGCCGAAUUCGACAUUUUCUGAAAUAAUCACCCAGGCUUCUUCACCUGUGGUCAGCUAUAGUUUAUCUCCAUCGCCUGGAAUUAGAAGCACAUGUUCUUCCGUUGAAAGUACACACACGGCUCCUUCACCAGAAAUCCGCAUCACGGCAUCUUCACCUGAGAUCAAAAGGAAAGAAUAUAUCUCUGAAGAGCACACAACACAAGAUUGUUCUCUCGUCGAGUCAUCAAGGAGUACUACCUCCUCCACUCAUAGUACAGAGAUUCCUUAUUCUGGAAUAUUCCGUACACUCGAGUCGGACAGGACACCAGCGUCUCCUGACGGACAGAGCACCGUAUCAGGCUUCAUGUGUGCUGAAAUAAUUCAGUCCAGAUCUGAAACAUCUUCGCCUCAAUCAACACGUCACACUCCAUCACCUGAGUUGAGGUAUCAAAGCCACGGUUCUUCACCUGAGCACAGAAGUCGAGAUCCAUCACCGGUGCAGAGAUACAAUCAGUGUUCACCAUCGACCGUUUCACCUGAGCGAGUUAUCAUCUCCUCACCUGAUGUUCCGGAAACACAGAACCACAUUGAGGUGGAAACAUCUGAAUCGGACAAGGUAGAAAAAUCACAUCUAAAUAAAGUCAGUUCACAUGGUGUGCAAUUUCGGUCACUAGUGUCUAAUUCACCUUUUUUGGCUAAGGAAAAAUCGGACAAAUUAUUGAUUCACCAAAAUCCAAAGAACAGAAUUAGAAUAAACGAGGAAAAUCCAAACUCUUUUAAUGGUUCUGCUAUGGAAACCAAUUCUAUUCCGGUUCGUUUUCUUCUCAGCGGUACAGCCGACAAAUCUCUACUCAGAGAAGAAAAACGACUAAAUCAACAUACGCAUCAUUUAUUGAGGUCCGAUAACAAACGGUUACACUCUGCGGCGGAUCAUUCAAGGCAAAAACUCGGAGCGAGAUUUGCACAAGAUGUAAACGGUCGGAAAACUCCUUCCCCGCCGCUAACCAGAUUCACGCCUGUACACAUUAUAGCCCCGGAGAAACCACGCAGACGCUGGCAGAACAGAAGCCAUCCUGAUUCUGUAGCAUCACAGAGUGGUUAUUUAAAGGCUGUGACAAAUACGGAAAACCCCGCUGAUAAUAAUAAUCCGCUCCACGGCGUCACACCCGGGAAGCAAUCGGAGAUAGAGAGGAAAAUACAGCUGGAAGAGGAGAGAGAAAAGCGAUUGAGAGACAUGGAACGAGAAAGUCAAAGGGAGGGUUGGGAGGAGUGGCAAAAGGAUGCCGGUUACAGAGAGGAACAGGUUGAGCUGUCGUUCAAUUCCCGAAAUAGAAAAGGCCCAGCGAGUCGCGGUCCAGCCCCCACAAGCAGAGAGAGUCGUCAGGGAAUGCCAACCGUGCAUUCCUAUUCAGAGAGCGUUCCUACCGCCAGACAGCCACAGGAACAGCAAAGUCUGCUCAAAUCCGCUUCCCAACAAGACAAGAGUAUUGGUGGUGGUCCGAUUAGGCGACUUCAGCCCCCCGCACCGCAGAACAAGAUCAGUGCUCGAUCGAUCCGGAGUUCGAGCUCCAGUAUGGGAAGUGAGUUGGACGAAGCGGACAAUGAAGUGAAGUGGCUCACAGACGUGGCUUUUCGGAGCCUCUCCAGCCCCGAGUUAGAUUAUCUCGACAUGUACAACUCCAGCCACCGAUCAUCUACCAACAUCUCACAACCGUCGACUCAGGAGAGCCCGGCGGGGGUCAGCAGCGCCUGGCCGACUUAUGCUGACUUUCGGGGUUCUGCUUCCAAGCUGGAUAACGACGAGUUCUCGUUCCAGCAACAGCUUCUCCACCAUUCGGACGAAAUGGAUCCAUCACGCGGGAACGAGAUGGGAAGCUUCGAGUGCAUCGAUGUAGCGGUGGAAAGAGAAGACUCCAGGAAGCUGAGAAGAGGAGUACCAAAGAGACAAAUCCAGUUGAAGAGAAAAGAAAGUAAGGAUGAAAACAGGGAAAAUAACAGUCCUGGAAUUCCCGUCACGGAGAACAGCGCUUCACUAGAAAGGCAUUCCCGGGAGGCAUUCCUGAGACAGUACAGUACACCAGCAGAAGUCCAAGAAUCUUACACUGCUGAGCUUUGCACCGGUUCCGAGUUCAAUGAAAGAAAAAACAAACUGCAGAAAUCAGUUUCUCUGGAUGAAACAUCUUCAAAGACCAAGAUGGCAACUUGCCUUAUAAAAAGCGUUCUGUCGAAGAAGAUGCAAGGUGCUGAUAAACAACCUGAUGAACCUGAUGGAGAGGAAGUGAACCCCGGUUUUGGAGAAAACAACACCAUCGAGGACCCGUCAAAAGAUCCUGACGUGAAAGGAGAACAAAUCCAAAGAGAUGUCAGCGACAAAUCCAACCGACCAAGUUCUGAUUCUCCAGAUGGGAAUAAAACCUCACAAACAUCUGAAAUCAGAUCUCAAAGAAAAGAUGGAGAUGACAGGAAAAGAUGGCAGGAGAACGAGGGAAGCAACUCAACAAAUUCCAGGAACCCAGAAGCUCCUUCUGCUACCAGGAUAACCAACCAACAACUGGAAACACAUGAACGUGAACUUAAAUGCGGCGAGAAAAAGAAAGCGUCCCUCAAUGUCUGCCUUACACCCGAGGCAGAAAAAAAUCUCGAAACAUCUCCACCGGAUUUCCAACAACAGAAUGAAAAAAUCCAAGAGCCUAAUGAAGAUCUAAAAAUGGAAGAAAACAAACAAAAAGGCCCAAUCCACAAAGUCAGAGAUGUUCGAAGGCUUGUCAAGAACACAUAUAAUCUGUCCUUCAAAGCGCCCUCAGAUAUUAAUGAAGACAAAAAUGAUAAUUUGAAUAAGAAAAACGAAAAUGAAACAAAAGAUGAUGAGAUACGAGGGGAAAGAACAAACAAGUCCAUGACGGAGAAGAGCGAGGAACCGAACAUGGAAGCAAACGAUGAAAGUCCACCUCGGCAGAACAAAGGGAAGCCUUCAUCUCAGUUACAUCCGAUGCAAAUACAAUGCAAGGCGGUUUGUUGGAGGGAUGACAAGAACAAAAACCAUAAAGACUUCGGUGAUACUAAGACACCGACGGAAAUCGAACAAGGGACACAAGAACUACCGGUUAAGGAAGCAACUACCAAGACUUCUAAUAUGGAGGCAGAAACAUUGAAGGAGAUAAACGAUGACACGGUGAUGAGAUCAGAUCCAAAACCUCCCAAGCUUGGAAGUCUUCCCAGUAAGGAACGAGAAGUCUCCACUGCCGUUGUGUUGAUUCGGGAUGGAUCCAACCAGGCAAAAACUAGUCAACCACUAAAUCAGGAAGAGCUGCAAACAUCUCCGCAGGUUCUAGCUUCCUCAUCUUCACCUGAAGUCACAACAUCUGGAGGUGUCCCAAGUCCCGGUAGUCAUUCAGUGUCCAUGUUAUUAAAGGAGAAAGGCUACCAAGCUGAUAUUGGAGCAAUGGUGGCUGAAAGUCGGAAUUCUGCAGAAGGAAAAGAUGCCCCACGGAAGCACGUUAAUUGCUUAGAAAUCCCACUUCAGACCCCUUCAAAUGAACCCCGUAGAGAGAAGACAUUCUCUUCUUCAUCCAGUAUCUCCAGCCCGUUAUUGUCAUGUGACCAUACGGAUAAACCACCCAAGAACCAAGGAUCUCAAGGAUCUCCACAGGAUCAACUUCCGGUUCUAAACAAACAAAAACAACAUGGAGAUUUUGAAGCGGUGAAAAGACAGGACCCCACUUUCCCUCCGAGGUCCCCCGCCGUACGACGAUUCAGACCUCAGCCCAUCGAGGUCAAGUCCCUUUCGAAAGAGACCACCACGAAACGAGAAUCGAAAAGCAACAGGUUACAAACCAUAGAAGUUAAAUCUAUUGCAAAAAAUUCGGAAAAACCGAUUGUACCUCCGAAACCGAUGUGCAAGUUCAAACCUGCAGAUUUUGGCACCAAGACCGGUGACGUUCCAGCGAGCUUCAAAUGCGACGAGAGACCUCAAACAAUUGUAGUGUCAUCUCCGACCAUCUACAGGAAGAUACCCACUGAGGCCACGUCAACGUCAACGUCAACGUCAACGUCAACGUCAACGUCAACGUCCAACCAAAUGAGGAAACUUGCAGUGUCGACCGUAUCCAGCAUCAAACCCCCGUCAAGCAAAAUAACAACAACAAGCAUCUCAAGCAUGGUAAACCAGUCAGGAACCGAAGCUUCUAAAGACAUGGGUGAGGAGCAGCACCCACGGGCGUCACCUGUGAGAUCGGCGAACGCUACAUCAACAAAUGAUUCUGAUCUUAUUGAAAACCAGAACCGUGAAGGUCCACACACAACUGAAGCAGCGACGUCGACAACUUUAAGCUACGCCAAAGCUUCUUCUGGUGUCUCCACAACUGGAUACCGGAGAUCAUCGUCCAGCGAACGCACCCAAAGGUUUUCCGAUCGUUUUAAUACCUCAGAUGAUCCUCCGAGUUACGACGAAAGAGAGAGCUUCAGUCCCCUUAUGCCGGAUUUAACGCCGAGGAGGUCAAAUCGCUAUCAGAACCCCGCCCACGUUCCUUGUUCCUGUACAGUUGGCUUCCCACCUCCACCUCCACCUCAUCAUCAUCAUCAUCAUUACCACAGUCCUCACAACGUCACCCCACCAGCACCUCCAGCACCACACUCCCCAGGUCAUGUCAUACCCUACCAAGCCCCGCUUCGUCACCACCAAUGCAGACCUGAUCCUCAGAGCUUCCAAACUAGCUCAUCACCCAAGUCAAGUCCUCAUGGUCCAAACCAGCCCCCCACUAUUUACCAGCCGCUUGACCCCAGGCGGCUACCUCCGCACAGAUCCCCCCAACAGCAGCCUAAUUAUGGUGAUUCUGGGCACAGUCACUCCCCUGGUUUGGGUCCCAUAGACCCGCAGUAUCUGUAUGGAUCCGAGUAUGGAGGUGACAGCUCCAGUUUGUACUCAGACAGCAACUACGGACAGACACCUCGUAGAGUUCUACUGGAUCCAGAAACUGGGAAGUAUUUCUACAUCGAGGUUCCUAUGCAACCUUUAAGGAAGAUGUUGUUUGACCCAGAAACCGGACAAUACGUGGAAGUUCUCAUCCCUCAGCAAGCCAUGUCUCACUCAGGUUUAUAUCCUCCGUCAGCAGCUCCGUACUCAUCUCUCCACAAUCCAAAUAUGUACGGGUCUACUCCACAAUACAUGCCGUACAAUACGGCUCCCGCUCCACAUGCUCAGCAUCAACCGCCACGAUAUCCUGAUGCGUCCGCUACGUCAUCAAUGCACCCAAAUGGGCCCAGUAGCAGCUUCAGGAACUGUUCCGGUCAGGGGUCAAAAUCGGAACCGCAAAACCAUCCACCGCUGGAUCAGAGCUACCUGGAUGGUAUGUAUUAUGUUCCCACAGGGAUGAACACGAGCUCCAAUGCUACCACUCCAGUCUACUACCAUAAACAUCCAGCCAGCCUCCCCCCAUCGGGGGGGAAAAGGUCCUGAAAUAGAGGACCCGAGCCGUCUUCCUGGAGCCUGUGGAGUUUUAAAUACACGCUGUAUAAAAAGGGGGGGCGCCUAAUGUUAGCUUCUAAUGUUAUUUGAGUUUUCAUGUCGCAAUUGAAUAUGCUUGUUGUUUAUGUUCUGCUGCUACUUGCUACUAACAAUACAAUAAAAAAAACAAUUAUUGGCAUAAAUAUAAAAAAUACUAUGUUAUACAUAUCUGAAUAUUCAUAUUUUAUCACUUUUGAUACUAAAAAGUACACUUGCAGGUCAUGCAGAAACAUUAAAGAAGUGGUUGCAAUUGUGUGUACUUUACAAGAAAAUGUGCCCAAAAAACUUGAA